AUGAAGCACGGAGUCGGAGGAAGGAGAAAGGCGCUGGUAACCGAUGAGAAAGGCGCCGAUGCUCAUCACAACCGUCGCGACAAUCUAGCCGGUCUAACGCUAUUCGCUAUAUUGGGCGGAGAUGAGGUGUCGCCUGCGACGGCGACGGCUCCGGCUCCAGCUCCAGCUCCGGCACCGGCUCCGGCUCCGGCUCAGCAGACCAGGACUCUCCUGGAUGCCAUAAAAGACGACUCCAGUGGCGGCAAGGAUCACAAGCAUACAUGGAAACAUUUCAAGGAGAAGCUCCGACCGAAACCGCCCGCCGGCGCAGCCUGGACUUCCACCGUCCCCGUCCCUGCCUCGGACGUGCCGAUGAACAACCGGAGUAUGAGCCGGAGGCAUUCGAAUCGGCUUGCGGAGGCAGAGUAUCCUGCGGGCGAAUAUAAGCCGGAGCUAUCUGCAUCGGCGUCGAGACGAGAGCUUAGGUCAACUCCGUCGAGGAAAAUGUCGUUGACGAGGAACCAAAGCCGGACGGGAGAUAGGAGCUUGAAAUUGCAGAGCUCGAUGUCGAUCAGAAGAGGAGGAGAAGAGGAGAGCGAAGGAGGCGAGAAGGGAGAAGGAGAUCAACCGAUGAGGAUGUCGUUAAUGGCGCUUUUGGGGGAAUCGGAAGAAGGGGGAUACGCGAUGGACGAUGAGGAGGAAGACGGAGGCGGUUGCGAGGAUUACGGGGGAGAAUUCCGUAAUUGCUGCGUGUGUAUGGUUAGACACAAAGGGGAGGCAUUCGAGCCAUGUGGACACACAUUUUGCAGGCUCUGCUCAAGGGAGCUCGGGGCUGAGAAGGGGAAUACUUGUCCACUCUGCAACAAUUUCAUCCUCGAAAUUCUCGACAUCUUCUGA